AUGGAUAAUAUGGAUAAUAAUUUGGAUAUUAAAAAUAAUACUGACAAUGAAAAUAUAGAUAAUAAUAAUAGUAUAAAUAAUAAUUAUAUAAAUAACAGUAUGAUUAAUAAAAAUAAUAAUAAAGUGAAUAGUAAUAAUAUGAAUAAUAAUAUGAAUAAUAAUAUGAAUAAUAUAAAUAGUAAUAACAACAAUUUAAAUAAUAUGAAUAACCAUAUGAAUAAUUUCAAUAAUAACAAUAACUUUCAUAUGAAUAAUAAUAGUAUGAAUAUAAAUAAUAAUAACAAUCAUAUGAAUUAUAAUAUGAAUUAUAAUAACAAUAAAAAUAAUAUGAAUAAAAACAACAAUCAAAUGAAUAAUUCACAAUAUAAUAAAUCACAAUCAAAUAAUAUGAAUUAUAUGAAUUAUAAUAAUAUGAAUAUGAAUAAUAAUAUCAAUAAUAUGAAUAAUUUUAAUCAGAUGGGCAAUUCACAAUAUAUUAACUCACAACCAAACAAUAUGAGUUGUAUGAAUUGUAUGAAUUGUAAUAACAUCAACCAAAUGAAUAGUUUUCAAUAUAAUAAAAUGAAUAAUAAUAACUAUAAUUAUAAUUAUUUAAAAAACUGUAUUAUUGAUUUUAAAAAUAGUUAUUUAGGAGUUUUGGUUUUUUUCUCAAUAUUUAUAAUAAUCCUCAAAAUUUCAAGUCUAAGAAAUGUAUGGGCUUUGUAUUAUUGUGAAUUAGUUAAAAUAAGGGAUGUUUAUUUCAUACCAACUUUUCCAUCAGACGGAGCUUUGACUUUAAUUGUUUUUACAAUUAUUUUUUCAUGUUUAUAUUUAGCUAUAAUUUUAUUAUUAAUCUUUAAAAAGUUUCCAAAGUCAAUAUCGCUCUAUUCAAUUAUAAUUCCACCUAUUUUGAGCUUCAUAUUUGAAAUUAUUGUACUAUAUAUUGGCCUUUUCGUUGAACAAGCAAAAGGUUCAAUGUGCACAAAUAUUUAUUUUGCAAGUGGAAGAAUGGAUUCCAGAAUUUGGAGCGGAACUCUUUUAUUUAUAGCAAGUAUUGUUUUAAAUGUUUCACUUAUUAUUUUAAGUGCUAGAGUUUUUAAAAGCUAUCAACAACCAAAAAAUAAUAAUGCACUUACAUUUGGAAAUAGUAUGUUUAACAACAAAGACAACAAUAAUGUUAGUAUAAUUCAAAAAAAUAGCUUUUUAAUUAUUACUAUCUUUUCAACUUCUAUCAUUCUAAUGAAGUUUAUAAGCUGUUUAGUUGGGUGGUCAAGAUUGAGAAUGUACAAAACUUCUCUAACUGUUAUAACCAAACCAUCUUGUAUCACUUUAGCUUUAAUAGUUUUUAGUUUUUUAUUUACAAUAGUUUUUUAUAUUGGUGUUUACUUUAAACUUAAAAAAAAAUUACCAAGCUUUAUCCCACCCAUUAAAAUUAUAGACUCUAUUCCACACAAUGCUGCUGUAGUCCCCAUCCUUCUUAGCACAGUAAUUGAUGUUAUUGUUUCUGUUUUAUCCUUUAUAUACAAUUUAGGAGAAUAUGAAGCUUAUUACCAUCCUUUGUUUAACUUUACAUCUGGAGUUUACUAUUCUAUUAAUCAAACAAAAAUUUUAUUCGGCCCUAUUCCAUUUUUUAUUGCCAUGCUUCUAAAUAUAAUCCUCAUUAUUUUAGGUCACGAUCUUUUUAUGCAACCAAAACCAAUAGAAAACAAUCAAAAUGAUCCACAUUUAAACAAUUUUAAUAAUGGCAAUAAUGAUAAUAACGACUACUUUAAUAUGGAUAAUAUUAACGAAAGCAAUGUUUUUAACAAUAACAAUAACCAAAAUACUAUUCCACACAACCCAACUAAUUAUAACAAUAUCAACUAUAUAAAUAACAAUAAUAUGAAUACUGAAAAUUCUAUUCCACAAGCUCCAAUGGUUAAUCUAGCAAACGCACAAAACCAUUUAAAGGAAAAUAACAAUAAUAUUAUCAUUCACACUGAACAAUCGAUUAAUGAUGAAAACAAUAACAAUAAUAACACAUCAGAUCCCAAAGAAAUAGAAAACAUUGAUUCCAACACACCACUUCUUAAAGAUAUAUAG